CCAUUCAUUACCGUUCCAAAAUCUUACUUGCCAAGCCUUUCGCUUCACACCAACAACUAUCGACUCUUCGAGCAUCGUAUCAAAUAUUAUAAAUCGAGAAUAGGCUCAUGGUCACCAAUCAAGGGCUAUGAUGGAAAACCAGUCUGCGGUCGAAAGACAGGUACCAGAUUCUCAAAGAGGAGAGCCGAUAGUGUCUAAUCGAGCCAGGGGAUCAGGACGUGGAAGAGGAAGAGGUCAAGGGCUUCCUAAUUCGCACGGCCGGCUCCGCGGGCAUAACAGCGGCAAUCGUCUUUCUGUGCGCGGCAGGCCCCCUUCCGAUCAGUCAGCAGGCGCUCCCUCGGAGGCCACAAACACAAGGCGACAUAACCCAGCCCGUGCUCGUCGUGCUAGAGGCGUGAAUCAUCGAUCUAUUACUGGGAGCUCCCCAAAUCCUGCAACUUCUGCUUCAUCUGAUGCGCCGCGUGCUUCAAACGAGCCCGAAACAUCUCCACCUGUCACUUCGGAUCGAGGUGCACGACCAAAUUUCCGUGCUCGACGUCAAGGCUUUGGUGCUCAAUUGACUGAGACGGCUCCCUCAGGUUCCGAUGGGAGGCUUCAGCAAGAUGCAAGCGGGGACAAAUCCAACAACCACAUCGCUGGAAGCGCUUCACUCUCUUGUCAGGAUCUCUCGUUGUCGGCCCGACUUACUCUUGAAUUAUCAACGUCGGCCUACGAAUGUUUGAUUUGUUUUUCUACAGUCUCCCGUUUUCAGCCAAUCUAUCACUGCAAAAAUUGUUUCGCCAUCUUUCACCUUCGUUGUUCUUCCGAAUGGGCAUCUCGCUCUGAAACUGCACGUGGAUGUUGGAGGUGUCCAGGAUGCCAACACUCUCACAUUGGUCAAGAAAGCGUACCAACGACUUACAAAUGCUGGUGUGGAAAGGUCGAACAUCCCAAACGCGGACAUCAUAAGCAAGAAGGAGGUGGACGUCCAAAAGCAUCCAUACCUCAUGGAUGUGGCAUGAGCUGUGGGAAAUUGAUCGCCGAAGGUUGCACUCAUGCAUGUAGCCUAGAAUGUCAUCCCGGAUCUUGUCCACCUUGCUCCGCGGUAAUCAAAACCGCCUGUUAUUGCCUCAAGACCGUGCGCACCAUUCGUUGUAGUCAACUUCAUCCUAUCCAAAGCCAUUUGAAUCCGAUUAACGAUAGCUUAUUGUCGUGUGAACAAAUCUGUAAUCGACCAUUGUCAUGUGGAUUACAUUUCUGUACUCGAACUUGUCAUGCGGGUGACUGUGGUGAUUGUGAAGUGACCAGAGAUAAAACAUGCUAUUGUGGUAGGGUCGUGAAGACGGAACAAAAGUGUACACCUUUGAUUAUGUCGGAAAAUUUACUCGAGAAUCCUCGACGAGCCUGUAAUACUCCCGAAGGAUCGGAUUUCCUUGGCGAAUUUAGUUGCAAAGCGCCAUGCCCGUGGAUCUUUGGGUGCAAUAUUCAUUCAUGCCCUUCCGUCUGUCAUCCUCACUGGCCAUCAAAACUCGUCACCUGUCCAUUCUCCCCAUCCGUAUUGGAGACUUGUCCCUGUGGAGCCACCCGUUUACCAAUCCGUUUUACUUGUAACGAUAAAAUCACUACUUGCAGUAACCCUUGUGGAAAACGCCUUUCGGCCUGUGGUCACGCUUGUCAGCAACUCUGUCACAUUGGGCCUUGCUCCGGUUCGUGUAAAGAAUUAAUUACCACUGUUUGCCGUUGUGGCAAAGAUUCCAUUAUUCGUCCUUGUUGCGAAGCUGUGGGAUUCCGAUGUGAACGGAUAUGCAGGGUCCUUAGGCAUUGUGGAAAACACACCUGCAAUCGAACUUGUUGCCCGUUAGCUUUUCUCGAAGGCGUGAUAAAGACAGGCAAAAAUAAAAAGAAUCAAUCACGACAUCAAGCUGAAGAAGAAGAUCCUGAGGGCUUACAUCAAUGUAACCUGAUCUGCAAUCGAGCCUUGAGUUGCGGUCUACAUACAUGUCAACUGCGCGAUCACAAAGGACCCUGUCCGACGUGCCUACAAGCAAAUUUUAAUGAGGUUGCUUGUCACUGUGGGCGAGAAACUUUGUACACAUUUUUCAGAGCUACCGUGAUCCAACCCCCGGUUCCAUGCGGUACAAUCAUGAACUGUAGCCAGCCUUGCAGACGCGGUCCGCUCCCUUGUGGCCACCCCAUAGCCCCGCAUCAGUGCCACGAAGCACCAGAAUGCCCGCCAUGUCCAUUCUUGGCCAACAAGCCUUGUCAGUGUGACAAAAAGAGCCUGAUCCGCAAUGUGCGUUGUUCACAACGGAGGGUGACUUGUGGUCAGAUUUGCGGCAAUUUGUUGAGUUGUGGAGCUCAUCGGUGCUUCAAAUUGUGCCAUCCUAUCGGAGAGUGUGAGACUUGCGAUCAGCCUUGUGGCAAACCUCGACCAUAUUGUGGCCAUGGCUGUCAGAUCAAGUGCCAUGCUCCAUCGGUCUGCUCGAGUGAAAAGGCUUGUCAAGCAAUAAUUGACGUUCGAUGUCAAUGCGGACACAUAGUGCAGAAGGUGACUUGUUCAAGUAAUGACCUUCGUCCCGAAGGUAACCGGGACCGCGUGUUGAAAUGUAACAACGAUUGCGCGAUCUCUCAACGCAGUUUUGUCCUUGCGAGCGCUUUUGUAAACGAGGAGCAAACUCCAGGAAAAGUUGAGCUAGGAAUCGAAUGGAGCGAUGAACUACUUCAAUUUUGUCAACAAAAUCUUGUGUUUGUAAAAUCAAUCGAAAACAUUCUUGAAGAAUUCCUCAACUCACAACCACCCAAGAUCUCGCACCUAUUCCAGCCCCAGAAUCAUUUUAAACGCAAGUUCACGGGCGAGUUGGCCGAAGUUUAUGGUCUUUCUUGCCAAUGUCUGGAUGAAGAACCUAGGCGAAGUGUCAUGGUCAAUCGAAAGCCGAAUUCGAAGGUACCUCAACCUCUACUAUCGCAGGCG